CCGUCUCUCGAAUCGCUACCUAGCGGCCGCCAUAUUGUGAAACGUCGUCGCCGGAAAAAAGAAACGCAUCGGACAGUGGCAGUGCCGUGAAGAAAGGAGAUCUCAUUUUCAGCGAUUCAUUGCGCGUUUGCGAAAAAGACACUGCCCCCCAAAUCACUCUAAUUGCUGGACGCUUAAAGAUCCCCCAAAGAUUUUGUUUCAACGUGCCCUAACGUGCAGGGAACAGAACGGGGUGAAAGUGAAUAGCAAGCGAGUGUGUUUUUCCCCGUGUGCUGUGCGUACGUGAAAAGUAUUUUCUACCCAGUCGCCCUCCCCCGUGGUUCCGUAUUCUAGUGCCGUGCCGAUUUCCAUCUACCGUGUUUCGCGAGUGUGGAGUUUUGUAAAACGCAGGAAAACCCCGGGGGAAUAGUGGUGGAGCAGCAACGGAAGCAGUAGUUGCGUUGGCAGUGUAGCGGAAAAUUGCAGCUACUUCCCGUCGUCUUGUGCGCGAGAGGUGAAACGGGAGAAGAGGGAGAAGUGCAAGUGCUCAAAUAGUGCAAAAUCGAAAAAUCGUCAACCACCAUAAUUGUUACACCCAACACACACACACACAUAUAUAUAUACCACUAACACACACGUCUGCUCUGCACGGAAGUGGUUUGUAUCAUCCGACCACAGAAUAGGUUUGUCGAUUCGUUCUCGGACGCAUCCCGCUUGUUUCGCUGCUUCUUACCGUAACUGGGCUGCCCUGUAGGACGCAGGGUGCUCUUGGGGUACAAGUGCGCCAGUGUGUUUAAGCCCCAACCCAAUCCAUCUGACCACCGACAGGCGAAAUAGUGUUGCAGCAGUAUUUAGUAUUCUCCUUCAGUCAUCCCUGGGAAGUAGUUUCGGGGAAAAUCUUCUUUGGCACCAUCUUUUGCCCGCCCGCCCACCCCGGGAAACCAUUUAAGCGAUCUUCUGCAUCCACACCGGUGCCGUAAGUUUGAGAAGGGAGAGCAAACGCGAACAAAAAAGUGCGUCGUUGGGCGCGAACGUGUGUGUGUGUGUGUGUAUUCUGUGGAGGUGGACUAACAAAAGAUCCAAGUGCGCGGUGCAUUCGUGAGUGCUGCUUUGUCGUCGGUAUACAGGCUUUUGAGAACUUUCAGCAAGAAACAGCAGCAGUAACAACAACUACCAAUGUCAACCGUGUCAGAUCAGCGGAUGAAAGGACAAGGAACUCAUGGAAAUGGCGAUUAUAAUUCUUGGAGUGCGCAAGUGAAUCACGGCCCAGGUGGUGCUGCAGGACAUCAGAAAAAAACCGAUGAUGGCUACUACCGAAAUCAUGGAGCUUACCAGAGUCAUGAUAGUGUCAGGAAUGUCGAAAAAGGUAUGCAAGGACUUGGGCUUGGUUCGUCGACGCGUGGCGGUAACAACGAGGGCAACUCCGGCGUAUCGAAAUACUAUCAGCAACAGCAGCAGCAAAAGGAAGCUCCCAAAAAGAUGACCUGGGCAACGAUCGCUUCGCAGCCGGCUAAACCGCAAGUGAACACUACCAGUACGACGGUGAAGAAGAAGGGCCCUGGCAUGCCGCCGCCACCGAUGAUUCCCGGCAAGCACAACUUGGACAUCGGUACCUGGGACUCGCCGUCGAAGAACGGUCCGAGCGUGAUCGUACCGACGCCGCCGCCGAUUAUUCCUCCGCCGGUCAUCGAACCGUCCCCGCUGGCCGAUCCCGUACCGUCGGCUAAAUCGGGCGGGGGUCGUGAAUCGACGAGCGGUGGUGCUAACUCGCAGCACCACAGCAACAACGCUCACCAGGGUAUGGGACCAGCCGGCAUUCAAAACUCCAGAUGGCCCACGCCGGGCCAGGCUCAGAUUCAGCAGCAACAGCUGAAUGCUCCGCCGGCCAGCAGCACCGACAGGAACAAUGGUCCCGCUUCGGGAAGUAACGCGCCGGGUCAGGGUGGUAGCGGAAGCAGUGCCAGUGGACCCGGUGGUUCUAUGUCAUCAUCCGGUUCUUCGCAUCAUCAUCAUAACCAACAGCAACAGCAACAACACCAUCAUUCGCAGCAGCAACAGCACCACCAUCAGCAUCAGCAAGGUCCAGUUGCGCGCAACCACUCGUCGCAGUAUCAGCCACCGCCACAGCAGCAUCUUCAUCAUCAGGACCGGCCUGGAUCGAACUACGAUCGAGUACCGCACCAUCACCAGCAACAUCACGGCAACAAUUACAGCCAAUCUAGAAACCACAAUGCUGCCUACUCCUCAUCCGGCCCGGGAGGAUCGACCGGUACCGGACCGUCGUCCGCAAUGAUGGAUCGUCAGAACAGUGGAGGUUCCGGUGCGAACAAUUUCCGCCAGCAGAAUGAUGGUCUGGGUGGAGGUCCACCGCAUCCACAACAUUCGUCGCACCAUCAUCAGCAGCAGCAGCAGCAGCAGCAGGCGGAAAGACCGUCGUUCCAUCAGCAACGCCCCUCGAAUCAUCAUGGCGAGCGUGGCACGGGCUAUCAGUCUGCUGAUCGCGGACAUUACGGAUCGAGCAACAGUGGUUCCGACACGUCGACAGUGCAUAACAACAGCUCGUCCGUACAGGCGCCGCCAGUUGCAAGCGGUCCAGUAGCUCCUGCAAAGGCACGAUCGCCAUCGCCCACGAUUUCCGAGAGCGAAAUGGCGCUCAAGCUGGCCGAGUCGCAGAAAAUUCUUGACCAACUGAAAACCAAAAACAACUACAAUCCGGCAUCGCUGGAUCUGCUGAAAACGGCCGAACUAGCAAGAUUCUUCGUCAUCAAAUCGUACUCGGAGGACGACAUUCAUCGUAGUAUUAAGUACGAAAUCUGGUGCUCAACCGAGCAUGGCAACCAGCGUCUGGAUCAAGCAUUCCGCGAGCGAGAGGAAAAGGGCGGCACGGUCUACCUGUUCUUCUCCGUGAACGGUUCGGGUCACUUCUGUGGCGUGGCGCAAAUGAUGACGGCCGUCGAUUACAAUUCCAACUCGAGCGUCUGGUCGCAGGACAAGUGGAAGGGCACGUUUAAAGUGCGCUGGAUCUACGUGAAGGACGUACCGAACUCGAACCUGCGACACAUUCGGCUCGAGAACAAUGAAAACAAAUCGAUGACCAACUCGCGCGACACGCAGGAGGUGCCGAACGCGAAGGGCAUCCAGGUGCUGCAGAUCAUUCACAGCUUCGAGCAUCAGUCGUCGAUAUUCGAUGAUUUCCAGCACUACGAAAAGCGCCAGAUGGAGGAGGACACGCGCAAGCACGAGGCACCACCACCAUCGAACCAUUCGUACCACAACCAGCGAGAUCGCCGGGAGAAUCAGGCGGCCGGUGGCCAUUACUAUGACGGGCCGGGCAAGUAUCACGGCGGUGGUGGCUACAACAGCAAAUACAAUGACCGUGGUGGUGAUGACGGUUACGAUGGCUACGGUAGCCGAGGUGGUGGUGGCUAUCACGGAGGAUACAACAAAGGGGGUAGCGGCGGUGGUUACGGAGGCUAUAACAACCGCAACAACAGCUACAACCAUCGUGACGACACGGGCGGUCGUGGAUAUCCGAGUUUCGACCGUCGCAACAACAAUGGCAACAGUGGUGGCAGCAACAAUAAUGGCGAAGAUCAUCAUGAUGCUGCCGCACCUGGCGGAGGAGGAGGAGGAGCAGGUGGCAGUGGAUAUCAUUCGCGGGGCGGCGGCUACAACAAUCGCUCCCGCGAAUACUACCGCGAUGAGCGCCGCGGACCGAACGAUUACGGGCGUUCGCGGGGCAGCGACAGCUACGACAACGGGCGUGACAGCGACGGUGGCGGCAUCUACCGAAGUGGCGACCGCGGUGAUCGUGUUGGCGACCGGGAUCGAGGUUCCUCGCGGGAUCACUUCCGGGACCGCAACGAUCGCAUGAUGGGUCCUCCAGGCAAUAGCCGUGGCGGACCGGGCAGUAACGGUAGCGGUUCCAACAUCUACAGAAAUCCGAAUUAAGUGAGUACGUUUUCGAGCAACACCACCACAACUGCGACAGUCCAAAAUGCCGAAUCAUAACAGACAGACAAGCAUGGUCCCACUACUGCCAGAGAGAGUGUGGUCCCAGCAAAAGCUCCCGAAAAGCCGGAUGGUUCCUUUUUUCUCAGCAUAUGGCUGAUGGUGUGCAUCAUAAAUUAGAACAUCUCGGGUAAGGUGAAGCUAAGCAAAUUGUGAGUUUGGGCAACAAAAAGCAAAUUUCAAUAUGCUCGUCGUCGGGGACUAUUUAUCCUAAAGUGCUUAACUAACGGUCACAACACGGCGAUAUGAAACUGGCGGCUAUGUAAACACAACGGACGUAGUAAAAGUAGGUGUGAAAACUAAGAAAUCGAACGAGAGACUUUCGAACGUUCGCGUGGCGCUCUAUACGGUGGUUGAUUGAUUGAAUCUUUUCGAAAUGCAAUUACGCUAGGCCACGUGAGAUUAGCCCACCACCUCCCCCUCUCCCACCCUCCGCACCCUUUACUACCCACUAACCCGCCCCCCCAAAAAGCAGCCCGCACACCAACCAGACCAGACAGAGUUGCAUACAACAAACACAAACCCAUAACAUUGUUGAUGAAGCAGUCUCUAGUGUAUUCGCCUGAAUGAACAGACUUUAUACAGAAGAGGAAAAAGCGCAGAGCGUGUAAGAAGAAGCGCGAGUGUACAGAGUGUAUGGAGAGGCAAGGAAAAUGAGAGUUGUGUAAGAAGCUCCAAACGAAAAACAAAAGGUAUGUUUUAUCAAUGAAGUAUGUUUUUAAAUGGUAGGAAAAUGUAACGUAUAUAACAAACUAAACCCCCUCAAUAAACGGGAAAACACAACAUAUAAAUGGAAAAACAAAAAAAAACCGGAGGAAGAAAUUAUGAAUGAUGGAGAAAUCAUCAAAACGUACAUACGAAUAAGGCGAGAAUCGUAAACAAAAUGCGUCGUUGCGAGCAGAAACCCCGCGCAUAAAAAACACACACACACACACAAGUAUAACACGAAAACGAGCAAACAACUUUGCUCUACUAUACAACGUCUAUAUUCAGAUAAAUAUUUGUUAAGUUGUAACUUAAAUUAUAUACGUUAAGAACGCUGUCCGCGUGUCUGCUACGGUAAGGCAUGGGUACAGAUGCAAAAGGUAGAGAGACAGAGAGCAGCGACUGAAGGACGGGGACGAAUCGAGGACCGAAAAAGGGUGGUGUGCUGCCUUCGACUGAACUGGCAAAGCGAAUGACCCCUCUAAUCCUCGCUCUCCUGCUCGUGCUCUAACAUCAACACUAAAGUAUGAUUUUAAAGAAGUGUCUAAACACCGCCCCGGUCGAAUUAUUACUAUGGUCCGGACACAAUAAAAUGAUCGUGCGCCGCAUUGUCGCAGCUACAAAUCUGGCGAGAGGUGUUCCUGUAUGUUGCUUCGUAAACUCACAGAACUACUGUUGAAACGUAAACUGGGGCUGAGUAGCUCUGCACCACCACCAAAACCCGUACGGUGUGAAGACACAGAGUAUAUGACGGUUGAUGCACCACUACUACUGUUAUGGUUUCGAUUGUGCUUUAUCUCCCGUAGCAAACGUCUCCUGCCCGGUACCGACAUUUGUGUUUGACGUUGUCGUAAAUUCUCAUCAAAGUAGCGCGCGAGUGUGUUCGUGUUUGAUGAGUGAGUGUGUUGAGUGAAUAAGUGUACGAGAAAAGCUCCUUUCGAAUCAAUAGAACAGCCCAAUUCAAAAGGGUGGAUAGAUAACUAAAUUAUUCGGUGAAACGAACAAAAACAGACGUGGAAGGAUGAGAUAAUCCUUAAACAGUCCCCCUAAUCCCCCCAAAAUGCCACUAAAACCGUUGGGUGUCUCAGCAAGCUCUGGCCCCUUGAACCUAGUACACAAUUUGGAGACAAACACAAUAUUGUGUGUUUAUUUAUUUAAAAAAGAGAGAAACACUUUUAGAUGAUGAUGUGUUUGCUUGUGCUGUCGUUUUGUCGUUUACAUCUUCUAAUCUGUACGGUGGUACCCACAGUAAUUAUAGCUGUCUUGAACGAAACAACUCGUUUCUUUAGGAUUAAUCUGAUCUUCAAAAAAGAAGGUAACAGCCGAGGGCACGCCGCCACACGGAAAAAGACUAAAGUGCUUUGAGGGAGUGAUAUGCACGAGCUAACUGCAUGCAGCACCCCCUUCUCGAGAGUGUUUUCCUAUCGGGAAGUUUGAGUAGUAAAGCAGCAGUGGAUGAGCAUAGGAGAAAGUGAUUUACGAACUAAUUAUGUUUCUUUUUGGAAUCUUUCAUGUGAUUUGUAACCAAACACGAAUCACAACAAAAUGCAGAUGAACCUAAUCAAAAACGAACAAAGUGCAUACUGAAUAAUGCAUGACAAGUUCUGACAAGUGGACACAUGUAGAAGUGAACAACAUCCUCCGAUUUCCAAACACUACAAAACACUUAUUCGUAGGAAGGUAUUUGAUUCUACUCUCCACAAUCUGUGCGUGUGCGUGUGUAGUGUAAGGCUUUGUACAGGCGAUUGGCUUCUACAGGUUUUCUGUAAGUAUAGUUGUGAGUGACUUUUCCGUAUGCUGAUGCUGUGGUUGAUACGGGGACACACACUGUCCCUUCCAUAGAGCUAUUUAUUUCACGCUAUCCUUAUCGUGUAGCAACGGCACAGCAACCGAGUUAGGCGAGAAACCGUUAAGGUCACUAUCCUACACCUUGUAUUAUCGAAGCGAGUAGAAGUUGCCGCUCCGAGCAGGACGACUUUUCGCGUCUGUAGAAAGCCUAACAGAUAUGGAUUGAAAACAAAUUGUUACUUCUGUUAUUUGCAACAACACACGAAGCAUUGUCGUUGCCACAACGCCAAUGUAGAAACGUGACACUAACACACGCAUCCACCAAUCCCGAAACAAACACUCACGAUCAGUGUGUCUCGCUAUACAGGUUUUAACAGUACGAAACUAUUCCGACGGACACGUAAAAAGAAGGCAAAAUAAACGUAAUAAACCAACGCGUUGGUUGGUUAAAGUCUUUGUUAGCAAUCGGUACUGAUGAUGAAAAUUGUUAAGCACGAUAUAAAACAAAUCGGCUAACCUAACCUAACCACUAACACAACGCAAGCUAAAUACGAAAAGUGGGAAAAGUAGCAAAAAUUAUGAGAGACGAACAAAAAGAAACUCGAAAUGAAAACAGGAUACCAAACACAGAUCCAUUGUGGAGGGCUUAGCAUCAUCCUUAUGGAUCCUAGUACGAUUAUGAGGAAAAGCCGGAAAGUAAUGAACUGACGAGACGAUGAUGGGAAUAAAUUCAAAUACAUCUUUACUUAGACAGCAGUAAAACAAAACACUAAAUAAAAAAUACUAAAAAACAACACGAGCAAACCCUAAACAAGUGACAGGUGUGAAAUGAUGCAAACUACUACAACUAAACCAUGUACUAGGAAAAAGCAUAGUAAACGAAAACGCACACCAGCACACAACACCGCACAUACUUCUUCAAGUGUGUGGGUUUGUUGCGGAAGAUUGGCUGGUAUGCAAAUGAAAACGAGAAAAACGAAGCAAACAAAACCGGAAAUAUGAUCAAAGUAGACCAAAACGCGAACGGAAAUGGGUGGUAGUAUUUUCUGCAAAAUACACACACACACCACAGAGUAAAAAGAGUGAAAACCCGGGGGGAAACAGUGAUCGACAAAACAUAACAAACACACGCAUGAUCCACUACUACAAACGGACAGGCGCAGCAAACAGCAUUGAGAUUGUGCCGCUACCUAGCACAGCGGCAUCAUAGCAGCAAGCAGCACUAAUAUGAAAUGCACUGAAACGAAAAAAAAGAAAAGGUAACAACAUUAAAGAGAAUGAACAAAAACAAAUCGUAAUAAAUCUUAUUAAUAAUAA